CUGUGACGAACGCCUCGGCCUUCUUGCUGUUGACGAUGACGAGUGCUGCUUGCUAGCCUAUGAAUCCAUAGAAGGGUCCUGUGCGUGUUGCUCAAUAUUGUGCCGGCAGCAGGGUAAACUGUAGAUAUAAUUGUGGUGAAAAUAUAAGCUUUUACACUAUGGAAGCCGCCGCUGCUUUGCGAAGCGCACUGCUGCGCAAAGUUCUUUCUUCGCUUGAGCAACCUUUGAGCCCGGAUGGCACCGCCGCCAUCGCCCAGUUGCUUGUUGGUAGCGGCCUGCUGUCUGCGGGUCCGGAUGGUAUUCAAGGUGGUACAUGGGCGCCUGUCACGGAGCUUCAGGGCAAGCUGGUCGAGCAGCUGCUUAAGCAGCUAAGCAAGGGCGAUGCCGCUGCUCGUCCCGGCGUCGCGCUGCUGCUGGGAGUGCUGUGUCGCCACGUGUCGGUGCGCUCAUUUCUUUCGUCGUACGGCGACUGGAGCGCUGCGCUGCUCGAGGCGGUGCGGCGGGGCGACAGCAGCUCUGCCACCCGGGCCGCGGCGCUGCAUGCGCUUGGGGAGCUGUUCGGCAGGGUUCGUGAGCUGCUCGACGUCCCGGGGGUGCGGCGUGACGCCUCCGGACCCGCGGGCCGCACCCUGCAGCUCGCCACCCCGCUGCUUGGGGAGCCGGGCUGCCAGGUCGCCGCCCUCUCCGCCGCCCACUCCGUGCUGCGCUGCCUGCCCUCCGCCGCCCGCCACCACUGCGCCGCCCUGGAGACCCAGCUGGCGGCGCUGCUGGCGGCACCUCCCGCCGGGGCCGGGGCUGGGGCCGGUGCUCCUGCCGGUGGUGCUGGUGGUGCUGCCAACGCCGCAACACCAGCAGGAGUGAGCCUCAGGGUCAGGUGUGAGGCAGCCAGGGCGCUGGCGGCGCUGCCGAGGGCCGCAGCAGGAGGCGGAGGUGGCGGUGCCGUCGCCGCAGCGUCGGCUGACGCCGACGCCUGGAGCUCGCUGGUCCGCCGUACGCUGCUGUCCCUGCAUGCGGCACUAGACCUGCUGUUCUAUUAUGGAGGCGGCGCAGGAGGCGGAGGGGCG